GCAUAAGCCAGAAGGGCCAGGCCAGGCCGGUCUAUAAAUUAGCACCCAAUCGCCUGUCCAUUUCCACCAGCUGAUCAUCUACCGGCUUAAGCCUUCUCAUAUAUACUCAGCUCCAUAAACGUAGCUAAGCUAGCUUAGAUAGAGCUCUAGCAAUGGCGGGCACGGCCAACCCUUCUUCGUAUUACCAGAGUGGCCGUGUCACCCGAGAGGUGCAGCACAAGGAGCAUCUCUUCCACUUAUACAUGUUCCAGCACACGGAGAACCUUCCAAAUGCUAACCAGAAGGUCAUAGCGCGCCCUAAUCCUCCUCAUGAUUUUGGUCUGACCAUCGCCAUUGACUGGGCCCUGCGUGAUGGUCUUGGCCCCAACGCGAAGAAUGUCGCUCGAGCGCAAGGCAUGGCCCUCGGAUCUUCCAUCGACGGCCCCAAAUGGCUCAUGUGUCACAACAUUGUCUUCACCGAUGAGAGGUUUAAGGGGUCGACUCUUAGAGUGCUAGGAAACAUCGAAGAAGAAGAUAGAGGUGUAUGGUCGAUCGUCGGUGGAACCGGAGAGUUUUCCUAUGCACAAGGUGAUUUCACCUACAAGUAUACCGAGAAACCGGUGAAUGGGAUAUAUACCAGGGAGGUCCAUAUUCGUGUUUUGUGCCCCACAUUCGUAAAGCUGACACCUCCCAACAAGGUUGUGUCACGACAUUCCUAGACGGUGAACAGUGGAGAGAGACUCGGGCGGCACAGAAGUGAGAAGAGAAGAGGAGCAGAAGGCCGGCGCGGGCUCAGUGGGCCGCCAGGGAGAAGGCCAGGCCCAAGACAGCCCACUUCGGCCACGAAGGAAGGCGACACUACUUAUCGGUUUGUCGAGGGCAUUGAUCAUUGUACCCGCAUAAGCUGAACACCUUUUCCCAUCUUCUUCUUAUCCAAGUACUCGAAUCGAGUGUCACAUAUGGUAUCAGAGCCGUCUCGGUUCUAAUCUCUGAAACUUUUUCUGCCUAUACCUUUUCUCGGAUUGGGUAGUCACGGCGGUCUCUCUCUGACGGUCGUUGGUGGCGAAUUGGGUGUGAAGCGUCGGUGGUUGGGAUCUCUCGUAAAAUCCCACCGGCGUACUCCACUCGCGGUGGCGGAGCUCGUAAAAUCCCACCGGCGUACUCCACUCGCGGUGGCGGAGGGUGCACCCUUGAUACGGGUGGAUUGGCGGCGUAGGCGACGGGAUUGUUCGGGUACAAAUUGGGCGGCGAGCGAGCGGUUGGUCACAGCUCUUCUGUGAUUGGUGAAAUUCCGGCUUGGCGGCUCGAUUCGUGUACUGCGGGAGGCGCAUCGUUGUGGCGGCGGUAGGCACUUUCCCUCUUGUGCAGUUCCGGAGUGGAGAUUUGGUGGCGAUGGAGCAGAUUCACUCGGAUUUGCGGGAUCUGAAGAAACAAACAGCUGAGAGCCACACGACGAUUAAGGCGGUCAACGAUACUCUUCAGAAAUUGGGCACAUGGAUGCCAGGGGUUGAUGUAUCUCUCAAGUCGUUGCAGGAUUCGAUCGCGGCAGUCGGGGCACGGGUGGCGGCGCUGGAGGCCGAGCAGCAUCCGGAGAACAAGACACCACAUGCUGACGGACCUGGCCCUAUUGCGACUGCUACGACCAUGCCGCUGGGAGGAGCACCUGCUCAAGCUCAUGGUCCUGGAAAAGGGCGGCGGCAGUUUCCUCAGUCGCCUGUUCACUUUGAAUCGGGCGAGAAUUCUCAGCACUCGUUUGAUGGCAGUGCUCGAGGUAACAAUUUCUCUCGCAUACCUAAGUCCAGUUUUCCCAAGUUUGACGGUGAUAACCCUGGUUGGUGGAAGGCAGUUGCCGAAAAGUAUUUUGCCAUGUAUGAUGUACCUCAUGAGUCCUGGGCCAAUUUUGCUACUAUGCACUUCAGGGGCAAUGCUGCAUUGUGGCUGCAGACGUAUGAAUCAAUGCAUGAGGUGGAUUGCUGGGAGGAAUUAUUGGUUACUGUGAAUGGGAAAAUUGGCAAGGACAAA